CGAGUCCCCGAGAGGUCGGGAGGCCCGCGGCGGGCACGGGGAGCCCCCCGGCCGAUGAUGAGGGGGUCGGGGCCGAUGCUGGACAUGGACGCGACCAACUACGGCGAGGCCUUGGAUCCCUCCUAUACCACCCUGGAGUUCGAAACCAUGCAGAUUCUCUACACCUCGGGCGAGGGGGCAUCCUUGGAUCCGGCCGGCAUGAAUCCCGCGGACCCGGGGGCCAACGGACUGUGUGCCAUCUGCGGGGACAGGGCCACGGGCAAACACUACGGGGCCUCCAGCUGCGACGGAUGCAAGGGAUUCUUCCGACGCAGCAUCCGCAAGAGCCACGUCUACACCUGCAGGUUCAGCCGACAGUGCGUGGUCGACAAGGACAAGAGGAACCAGUGUCGAUUCUGUCGCUUGAAGAAGUGCUUUCGAGCGGGGAUGAAGAAAGAAGCCGUGCAGAACGAACGGGACAGGAUCAGCACGAGGCGGACGGCCUCCGACGGCAGCAACAUCCCCUCCAUCAACACCCUGGCGCAGGCCGAGACCCUCUCUCGCCAGAUCUCGGGUCCCAGCCCCAGCAUCAGCGCCGUGGACAUCCACCUGAGGAAGACGGCGGGCAUCGCCGACGUCUGCGACUCCAUGAAGCAACAGCUGCUCGUCCUGGUGGAGUGGGCCAAGUACAUCCCUGCCUUCUGCGACCUGCCCCUGGAUGACCAGGUGGCCCUGCUGAGGGCCCACGCCGGAGAGCAUCUCCUGCUCGGCGCCACCAAGAGAUCUGUGAUGUACAAGGACAUUCUGCUGCUCGGGAACAGUUCCAUCAUCCUCCGGAACAGCCCCGAGGUGGAGAUCAGCAGGGUGGCCAACCGUGUCCUGGACGAACUCGUCCGGCCCUUCCAGGAGAUCCAGAUCGACGACAACGAAUACGCCUGCCUCAAGGCCAUCGUCUUCUUCGACCCAGACGCCAAGGGUCUGAGCGACCCCCUGAAGAUCCGGCGAAUGCGUUUCCAAGUACAGCUGGGGCUGGAGGAUUACAUCAACGACCGCCAGUACGACUCCCGCGGCCGCUUCGGCGAGCUGCUGCUCCUCCUGCCCGCCCUGCAAAGCAUCACUUGGCAGAUGAUAGAACAGGUCCAGCUGGUCAAGAUGCUGGGAGUGGCCAAGAUCGACAACCUCCUCCAUGAAAUGCUGCUCGGAGGGAAGGCCCCGAGUGCGAUGCCAGCGUCCCUAACGUCCGGCUGGCCGUGCCCGCUCCCGGGAGGUGCCCACGAGGCCGGCCACCUGCACCAUCCUGUGGUUCACCCGCACCUGUCCCAGGACCCGCUGACCGGACAGACCAUCCUCCUCGGCUCCAUGGCCCCUCCGGUCCCCGCCGAUCACCUCCAAACUCCAGAAACUCCGCUGCCGUCUCCGCCUCAGGGUUCCGGGCCGGACCAGUAUAAAAUCCCACCCAAUCAAGCUUCCGUCAUCUCCCACCACGUCCUGCCCAAGCCGAAGCAGUUGUGAUGUCCGACGCCUGCGCUUCCCCGACGGGGCCCGUCUCUCCUUCCCGUCCGGGAUGUGGACGGGGGGUGGUCCGGAUCCCAGCGGACUCGUCUCCCAGCUUCAAAAAAAUCCCCCUCCGCCCCCCGGGCCGGGGACGCCUCAAUCUCGCGGAAAAAAUCUGUCAAUAAUUCCCCUCCGCGGGACGUGGGGUGGAAUUAGGGCAGGCCUUCCUCCCGCCCCAACGCCCAGCACCGGUUCAUCAGACACGGACCCGGGCCCCGAUGAAUUAUAAACCUGCAGAUUAGUCAACAAGGCUCUCGAGGGGAUGGGGGCGGGGGAAACCGAGGCCCGGUUCGUGCAAAC